UAUAUUUAGCUGAUUGCCUUAUCGGAUCAGAUUUAACCUGCAGUCCAACAAUAUAGAGUUAAGUACAUAUCGUUUAUGCUGGUUUCAUGCAACCAUUAGGCGAGCGACUAGUUAGUUAGCUAACUGGGGAAGAUUACUUCAACAGCAGCUUCGUUAUUUCAGCAGAUCCUGGAUUUUCUGUAAGUAACGAAAACAGACGAUUUGAGAAAUGUCUUCAGACGAAGACAGGGCCAAGGAAAUUUUGAAGGGCUUCAAACUAAACUGGAUGAACCUUCGAGAUGCAGAGACGGGCAAAGUGCUGUGGCAGGGAACUGAAGACCUCUCUGUUCCAGGAGUAGAACAUGAAGCUCGGGUCCCGAAGAAGAUCCUGAAGUGUAAAGCAGUGUCCAGAGAAUUAAACUUUUCCUCCUCAGAGAAACUGGAAAAGUUCAGACUGGAGCAGAAAGUUUUCUUCAAAGGACAGUGUCUAGAAGAAUGGUUCUUUGAGUUUGGUUUUGUUAUCCCCAACUCCACCAACACAUGGCAGUCUCUGAUAGAAGCGGCUCCAGAGUCCCAGAUGAUGCCAGCCAAUGUUUUAACUGGUAAUGUGAUCAUAGAGACCAAGUUCUACGAUGACGACCUCCACGUCAGCACCUCCAGGGUACGACUUUUCUACGUCUGACCUCUGACCCCACGACUCUUCCCUCCAAAAUGCUGAUGUCCUGCCAAGGUCUAUAAAUUACCAAGGUUGGCUACGGCUCAUUGCUGACUUGGGAUCAGCACAUUUUGAUGAAACCCAGCUGUGGUCCCACAAUCAGUGAAGUGAGCUUUGUGUUUGGUUGUUCUCUUGUUUUGUGUCGACCUGAAAACUUCCUCUAGACCUUGGAAGGAGAGGUGAAAAGAGAAGAGAGUACUCUGCUGUUCAGAGUUAAUUUCUCUCUCGUUAUCCCCCUUCAGACUUUUCUUCUGUAAAUACAUUACCACUGAUCACCAGUCAGCCAGGAAGCCACUCUCUGGUUUGGGCUUUUUUAGAAAUCUGCUAUCUCUCACUCCAAGGUUGCAUUAACUCAGGAACAGAACAUCAGACGUGUAACCUGCCUGAUGUGAUCUUCUCCUUUCUGCUUGGAAACACAGCUCUCCAUGUGUUGUGUUGUUGGGAGGAAGUUGAGUGCCUCUCCUGAGAUAUGUUCAAGAGUUCCUCAUCAUAAAACACAGGAUAACAUUUCCUCUAGCUGCGUCCCACUCCAGAGGCUACCGCCUUUGAAGUCCAUAUUUCAUGACAAAAUAUAUCAGCUGUCCGGUUCCAAAGUCCCAUUGAAAUGCAGCCUAUUUUUGUUUAAAUUUGAAUAACACAACAGGUACAUUGUGAUCCCCAAUAUCCCAAAGUCCGGUGCACUGGUUACUUUUUGUCUACUUGUCAAGUCGGAAUAGCUUCUACCAACCACACCUUUCCUGUUUCCUGACCACAUGAUCUAGUGUAGAACAGUGGUUUUCAGUGUGAUGUGACGGAGUACCAAGCACCUGCUUUUAUUCCAGUUCACCACAAGAUACGCUGGUUUAUAUCCGUUGCUUUUUCCCUGUAUUGUUUGGAAUGAAGAGCUGCACACUGUUGUCAUGAUACAUGGUUGAAAAUCACUGUGUUUGGGGGACAUUCAUCAGCAGACAGGGGCUGAAACACAUCCACUUGUACUUAAAAUGCUCAACCUUCAACUAAAUCAUCAUCAGGUGUGAAUGGAGUCCUACAUCAUCUAUUCUCAGUAGUUCAGAUGUUACCAGCGGCUAACCUCAGUUCUUCCCUAAACAUUCUGGCUUCCCUAUCCAAUUUACUGUUUGUUUUUUUUCUUAGCUGCUGACUGAGCAGUAUAAAAUAGACUUGUGUUAUAAUGGAGUUGUGGAUUAAAGUCAUCCAAUGUUGUAAUAACAUGAUGUGUAUAUGGUCUUUAUUGUUUAUGGUUCCCUCCUGCGUUUGACCCAAAUGUUCCGAACACCGUUUGGGGGCUGUCACAUAAUAUUUGGUUUGCAUAGCAGAAGUAUGAAUGA